CGCCUAGCCUCGCCUUUCUCUCGCCCCGCCUUUUCUGCUGCCCGCCACACAUGCUCGGCCAAUAAGUCUCUCCGCUCUUUCCCAUCUCCUCAACCCUACCGACAGCCCCACCCUAAUCUCUGCCCCCCUACUGGCGUAAUAUUGUGCACUACCUACCCUAUUGUCCUCCACCAUGACUACUAUCCCGGCACCCACAAUCGUCCUCCCCAAGGAGGAGUGGGCAGACGCCGACUUCGACUUCCCUGACGGCGACCCCAUCCACGCUUCCGACGCAGAGUCCGACAAGGACGACGAUGAAGACUGGGACAUGGAGAUGGAUCUAGGCAAGACUGGCGGUGCUAAGGCUCAGCUCGUCCUCCAGGGCAUCGCUGCAAGGUCAGGCUCCACCCAGCCCACUCCCCACAUGUUCACCAUCCGCCCUCCGCUCCCACAAUCAUCUGCCGACGAAGAGGACGACGAAGGCGUGUCCACUAUCAAGGUCGCCGCUCUUCCGAAGCCUCUCGCAGCUGCCAAGCCCCCUCCAAGCCCUAUCGACGAGGACUUUGAAGAUGGCUUUGCGCUCCCCUCCGACCUCACUACCCUCUCCCUCCGGCCCUUAUCCCUCGCACAUCGCACGUCCAAGUCAUCACUUGAAUGGGGUGACAAGGACCAGACCUCCUCGUCGCAAUCCUCCGACGCCUACUCCACUCUUGGAUUCGCUGAUAACUCUCCAUCAUCCAAUUACACAUCAGCGUCUCUCCCAGAGACGGAGACGGAGGAGGACGAAGAUGAGGAGGAUAUCCUUGAGGGUCUCGAUGUUCCGACGGGUCUCUUCGAGUCAGGACAUGGCGCGAAGAAGCUGGGCAAGAUCCUCGAGCUGAAGAAGAGGACCGCCUUCGACGACGAUCGCGUGAAGGUCGUCAGUCCCGAUCCUGAAGACGACUUCGAAAUCGGCCUAGUGAUCGACAACGAGACCGAACUCAGCCCAAGUCGGCUCCUUCAGAAUGCCCAGUCCGUCCUGCGUCCCACCGCCUCUUCUCGGAGCAAGAGCGCCCCACCUCGGCCUCCUACCGCCCUGCGCCCACCAUCGCGGGUGAAGGGCGACCGAGCCAAGUCUCCAAACAACCCUCCCGUCUCCUCUAUGUCGCAGCUUCGCCGGAUAACGUCGCCCAUCACACCUCCUUCCCCGCCCUCCUCCAAUAGGCCUGCACAGCCCGUACGCUCACAGACAUAUAGUCAAGCUGUCGCGUCCCCCUCCACUAUGACUUUCCUGGCACCUAAACCGGGGAGCUUGCGGGUCCAGAAGUCGCACUCAGUUCUCAAGCCGCCGUCGCCACCUCAGUCGCGCAGGCUAGGGCGGAAGGCGUCCCUCCCGUCGUUAUCAGAAUCCAGUCAGUCCCAAGCGUCAGGCUCAGGGGUGGAUUCUGCGACGGGGAACGGCUUCCCCCUCGCUCGCUACGAGACACCGACGGCGUCGUCAAGAGCGAAAACGGCGCACACUAGCUCCACUACCAGUCGAAUGCAAGGCUUGGAGUUCACCGUGCCCCCCACACGCCCGUCGACACCUUCGGCGAAUCCAGCGGCCCUCAGACUGACGAUGCCAACAUCAUCGUCACGGAUGAAAUCCCGCGCCCCCAUCUCCAAUGUCUUCCCGACUUCAGCAGCGCCCGCUGUACCACUGUUGGCCCGCCCACCGUCAUCGGCGCGCUCAACAUCACCAUUACCCCCACGGCCUCCCUCUGCGACAUCGAUCAAGUCGGUGAAGUCCCGACACGGCCAGAGCUCGAGCCUACCUAUCACAAGUGCGCCAAAGGUGCUGAAGAAGCCCAAACGACAGCGCACGUAUGGGGAUGGCACAGAGCUCGACGCCUUCGAGGACCUCCCGACGGACCGUGAGCAAGAAGGCAAAUAUCGAGUGCAGCCAAAAGGAUACGGAAACCGUGUCCCCGGCGCCUCGUAUCCCAAGCCCUCGUCCCCGGCCGAUGCCAGCGCGACAGGAACUAUUCGCCGAAGAGCGAAAACGCGGGAGUUCUCAGGAAGCGGACCUGAGUCCUCAAAAGCCGCGUCUCUAGUUCCGUCCAAGACGCUGAAACGCACAAACCGGAUCGAGUUCCCCUCUAAACCGCCGCCCGAGCCGAGCAAAGCGGAGCGCGAUCGCGGGAAUACCGCAAAUGCAGAGGCUAGUGCAAAGCGGAAGAAGUUGGCCUCCCCCGGGCAGACGAGGCGCAAACCAACACUCAUCCGCAACCUGGGUGGCGCAGGCCCAGCGAAAGGUCAGUGUUCGAUGCGCAUGCGCUUUCGCUUCUUUGCCACAACUGGACGCGCUGACACUCGGCGCCCUGCAGUUGUCGGCGAGAUGAAGUGGAAUCCGCACACACUCCGCUGGGAGGGCAACGACCAGGCUCUCCGCGACUUCGACGCUGCCUCCGGCACCUCAACACGCCCCGCACUAAUCACCCAUCUCACCGGCUCUUCUAUUGGCUCGCCGGUGGGCUCCUUUGCCUCGGGCGCCCGUGUGGUCGGCAACAUGAUCUUCGACCCGCAACGCAUGUGUUGGAUCUCGACCCUCCACCCAGACGAGGAGGAGCCAGAUGUGUUCGCGGAUCUCGCUGACGACGAGGACGAUGACGAUUGGGAGGCGCGUGCGGCCACUAUCCGCGCCAGCCAACAACUGCAGGGCGGCGCCGCCACCGCCCCCUCCGACCAGUCGUCGAACACGUCGGCAUCGCGCGUCGAAGCGCCAAGCCCCGCGCGCAGCCACACACGAAGCAUGUCCGAGAGCGAAAGCGACCGCUGCUCGCGUGCUUCCAUGGUGUGCGACGUCGACGACUCAUUCGUCGAGAAGUGCCGCGCCGCGGAGGAGCGCCACCGGGCGGAGCUCAAGGGCUGGCUCGCUGUCGGCAACGACGUCUUCGCGUCUGCAGACCGCUCGUAUCUCUACGAGAUCCGCGCGCUCGCCACGCGACAAUACUAGCCACAUCCCUCGCCCUCCCCUCACCCACCCCCCAUCCUGAUCCCACCCCUCUCCGCCUUUGUACAUUCGCACAUAUCGCAGAGGUGUACAGGACAAUUCCUCGCCCGCAGCAUCGCUAUGCAACCCGCCUCUCCUCACAUGACGACUUGUAAUGAUCUCUCCCUUCUUUUCGCUUUGUCCAUAGGCUCCGCCCGCCUCUCUCGCCUCUUCUCGUCCCGGUUUGCACCUUUUCUGCACUGUUCGAUAUUGACACCGGCCCCAUCCGCAUCCCCCCUACCCGCUACCCUCUAUCGCCCCUCUUCCCGUUCGCUGUGCAUACUUUGCUCCCGUUAUCGCUCGCGCCUCUUGAUUUGCCGCCUCCGUUGCUGCCGCCUCUCGUUAAAGUACAGUCCCCGUUUUCUCUCAAU